UCCGCUCGCACGCAUUGGCGCCUGUACCUUUUAUGAUCCGAUACUCUCAGUAUUACAUUAUUGCAGUGAUCUUUUUGUCAGGAGAAAGUAGUGCAAGUUGUGAUUCAAAAUGGGUUUGGAAAAACGUACUGUGAAAAUUAUUGUGAUUGUGGCCGUUGUUUUACUUGUGAUCGGUGCCGUCUUAGGUCUGAUUCUCGGUUUACUUCUGCAUCAACGUUAUGUGGAACUGGAAGUAUGGCCCCGUUCCGAGGAGUACACCUGGGAGCAGCCCCUCAUCCAGUUCAGACCUUCAGAUACCGGUAGCUGGCACCCUUGGUUCAGGCGGAUGAACGAGUUUCUAAAGGCAUACGAGACCACCAUCCCCGAGGACCCGCCUCGCGCGCCUUGCUCGACUCGCAACAAGCGGGACGACCCCAUCCGAUCCAACAACUGCGAAAUAGCAAUGAGGAUGUGGGCGCCGUGCACUGCUGACGAGUUCUACGGGUACAACAUGGGAAGACCCUGUGUGUUCCUUCGGCUGAACCACAUUCACUACUGGGUGCCCCACCCAUACAACGUGUCCACGUCUCUGCCCAUUCCUCCGGAAAUGCCUGAAAAUAUGAAGCAAUUUAUGAUGAAUCGUCCAGCGCAGCACUUCGGCGACUACGUGUGGGUGUCGUGCGGCGGCGAGUACAACUCGGACAAGGAGAACAUCGGGCCUAUCCAAUACAUACCGGCGGGGCUGCCCCCCGGCUUCCCCCUGAGCCGGCUGCACACAGCUGACAAGAUCCCCUACGCUAACAGGAACCUCCCCGACCAGAUCCCGCCGCCAUUGAUCGCCGUGUACUUUGAGAAUCCUCGCCGUGAGGUCCUGAUCAACGUCGAGUGCCGGAUCUGGACCAGAGACAUCUACUACGACCAGUCGAGCCGCGUCGGCCGAGCCCGUUUCGAGUUGUUCGUCAACAAUUAG